AUGAAUCAAUAUAAUGAUUUAAUCAUAAAAUGUCCAAACCCAGAGCAUCCCAACAAUGUGAAACUAGUAUGUUUUGAUGAAUCUUGUAAAGCAGAUAGAUUGUAUUGCAUGUAAUGCAGUAGAAAUGGAAUUCAUUUUUCUCAUCCUUAACAUUAAUAUUAAUUACCGAAUUUAUUUGAUCAUUUUGAAAAAAUAGAAAAAGAAUGUGAUGAUUUAAUCAACAGGUUGAGUAGAUAAAUUGAUUUAGUUUAAUAAUCUUUUUAUUAAUUAAUUGGUGGAAUCAAAACUAAGUAUGUAAUAUCAAAAGAAUAAGUACUUAACUUAAAUUCUAAAUAAAUAAAUUCCAUCCUAGCAGAAACAAUCUAAUUCAAAUCAUUUAGAUCUACAAUUGAAAUAUAAAUUCAAAAAUCAUCUAAUGAACUUUAAGAUUAAAUUUAAAAAUUAUAUUAAGAUCUUGGCUUAAAUUAUUUGAAUUAUUAUCAAGUAAAUGAUUCAGACAUUAAAAAAUCUGAAGAAUUUUAUUAAAAAGGUAUAAACAUUUAUAUUUUAGGAUAUAAAUUAUAUUGGUAUGAUCAUAAAUAUGAAGAAGCAAUAACAAUGCUUGAUUAAGCAUUAAGUGUUAAUUCAAAACAUUAAUUAGCAUUAUGGUGCAAAGGUAAAAUUAUGACAUUAUUUAUUAGCUGAAAGUUUAAAGAUGCUUGAUCAAUAUAACGAAGCUAUUGUUUGGGCAGAUAAAGCCUUACACAUUGAUCCAAAACAUUUCAAUUCAUUAUAUACUAAAGGUAUAAUUCUUAUUCAAUAAUUUAGCGGAAAGCUUAAGAAUGCUAGAAUAAUACAACGAAGCAAUUAUUUGGGUAGAUAAAGCCUUAUAGAUUGAUCCAAAACAUACAAAUUCAUUAUUUACAAAAUGUAAAAUUAAAUUUUAUUUAAAAGCUUCUAGUUUAAGAGGUCUUGGUUAAUACAAUGAAGCAAUUACUUGGGCAGAUAAGGUAUUGUAGAUAGAUUCAAAACAUUUCAAUUCUUUAUCAACAAAAAGUGCUAUUUUACAUAAUUUAUAGGUACCUCACUAAGAAUGUUAAAAAAUUAUGAUGAAGCUUUAGCAGUCAUAGAGUAAUCACUUCAAAUAAACCCCAAUCAUUUGGAUUCAUUAUGGUCGAAAGGUUCAUUUAAAAUCUUUUAAUAUAGGCAAAUGCUUACAAGACUAAAAUUAAUAUCAAGAAGCUUUAAUUUGUUAUGAUAAAGCUUUGAAGAUUAAAGAAAACCAUUAAUGGACAAAAGACAGAAGAAGUAUUAUAAUCACAAUAUUAAUCAAGAUGAAUGCCUAGAAGCCUUAAAAAAGAAGUGA